AGCAACUCCCGGAAGCUUCCUGUCUCCCCAUUCGAUUUAGUUUCAAAUGUUACCUGGUGAGUUAUGUCUUCCCUCGGCAUCAGACCUCAAACUUUCCCAGGCGCUAGCUAGCCACCUUUCAUCUAUGAGCACUGGGAUUCUGCAACACAAUAAUGGGCAUGUAUAUAUGUCAGGAAAGUCAGUGCCCCUUUUGUUGGCAAAACAAUCCAUGGUCUUUGAGGUCAUCUAUAAGUGGGUCGCUUAUAUAUCCUGAUUGGCCGGAAGACCCAUGGGCAUGCGCUAAACCACUUACAGCCUUCCAGUUGAUCCGAGGUCUAAGAUCACCUUAUCCUCGAACUUUCCAC